UUUUGAAAGGGAAAUGAUCUGUGCACAAAGCGUUGCAACUAGGAACCUUCAACCUACUAUGUUGGGCAGCGCCUCGUGAAUAAUAAAGUAAUGUCCAGUGAAAGGGAACUAAAUGAAUGAUCGCAGGUGAAUGCUGGAUGAGGGAAAAUGGCACAUGUUGGAGCUGUAGUUGCAGCAUUGGCUGGUUUUAUGGCCAUUCUGCUACAUUCUUCCAUACACAAGAUUGAAGAGGGACAUUUAGCGGUUUAUUACAGAGGAGGAGCUUUGCUAACCAGUCCUAAUGGCCCGGGAUACCAUAUAAUGAUGCCUUUUAUUACUUCAUACAGAUCAGUGCAGACAACUCUGCAGACGGAUGAAAUUAAAAAUGUGCCUUGUGGAACCAGUGGGGGUGUCAUGAUCUAUUUUGACAGAAUUGAAGUGGUCAACAUGCUGGUUCCAUCAGCAGUAAUUGACAUAGUGAAGAACUACACUGCAGAUUAUGACAAGACUCUCAUCUUCAACAAAAUUCACCAUGAGCUGAACCAGUUCUGCAGCGUACACACACUGCAGGAGGUUUAUAUAGAGCUGUUCGACAUAAUUGAUGAGAACCUAAAGACGGCUUUGCAGAAAGAGUUGAAUUCUAUGGCUCCCGGACUCACUAUUCAGGCUGUGCGAGUCACCAAACCCAAAAUUCCUGAGGCAAUUCGAAGGAACUAUGAGCUAAUGGAAGCAGAGAAGACCAGACUACUCAUCACUGUUCAGACACAGAAAGUGGUGGAGAAGGAAGCUGAAACUGAGAGAAAGAAGGCUAUCAUAGAGGCUCAGAAAUGGGCUCAAGUGGCAGAGAUUAACUUCCAGCAAAAAGUGAUGGAGAAGGAAACAGAGAAAAAGAUCUCUGAAAUAGAAGAUUCUGCUUUCCUGGCGAGGGAGAAAGCGAGAGCAGAUGCAGAGUAUUACACUGCUGCACAAUUUUCUGAAUCAAACAGGCUAAAGCUGACACCAGAGUAUCUGGAACUGAUGAAAUACCAGGCCAUAGCAGCAAACAGCAAGAUCUACUUCGGUCAGGACAUCCCGAACAUGUUUGUGGACACCAGCGCCUCCCGUACAACUACAAGCCAGGGUGCAGCUGACUCAAUGGAGCAGCUGGACUCCCCGAGUAUGAAAGAGGGUCUUAAGAAAGCAUCCAAGCCCAAAACAGCCACAGAAGGCCACUGAAGGGGAGAGCUGUACCUCCCACUCCACCCUCCCACUCUCUUUCUUCUUUCUCAAUCUCUUUCUUUGUGGGGCAUGGGUGCUUGUGUGGCAUGCUGACAUGGAUAUUUUUCACUCUCGUGCUGCAGUGGGGUUGGGUACUGUGAGUCAGUCAGCUGAAUACACAGUCAGAUGCUUUGGUUUUACAGCAGUCACGUGUGGAUGGAAAGUCUUAAGAUGCGGCAACAUUUUUGAGGUGUUGUCUCAUCUGUGCUACUGAAUAUUGCCAGAUCGAAUUGUCGUAAUGCAUAUCUUUAUACCUUCCAAUUUCUUGCAUUAGCUUGCUUUUUUCUUUUUCUAACUGUUGCUCUUAACUUGCUUACUUUUUUCAAAUCCAUGUUAGAUGUUUGUUUGAUGCAGGCUGAUGCAUCUGUUUGAAGUAUGUGAACAUUUAGAGCCUUUUUCGUUACUGGAAUUGAAAGGCAUCACACUAAUUGAGAUCAAAGGAAGCACAGCUACAAAUGGGUGACAUUUGAGAAGUUCGUCGUCUCCUUUUCUUUGUGUUAUUUAGGAGAUUACAGCCUCAUUUCUGUGGUCCCUAAGUUAUUAUAGAUAAAAUCAUAAAUUUAGUUCAGCCACAAUUGGAAAGAUCAGUGGCUUUAACAUAAAGUAGUUCUUUAAAAAUUGAACCCGAUCAUUUGAGUUUUCCAGCUAAAUUUUUGCUAUAUCUUAACACAAUCCCUCUUAAUAAUUAUCUGAUUUCUCCUGUGCAAAUAUUAUGUAAUGUCAGAAGUAGUGGGUUUAGUGGUGUUUUUGGCGUGUUAGUUUAUGGAUACCCUGUGGAUGCUGAUUUUAAUUGUUGAUUCAUAGAAAGUUUCACAAAAUGCAUGGGUGUGGGGCUUUCAAGGUGAAAUGCUUACAUUUUUUUCUUUAAGUUUGAAAACCAGGGAUUGUGGCUUUGAAAAGCUGUGAGACGGAUAUUACAGCGGUUGGAUAUGUGGUCCGGCUGCAAAUGACCUCUUGCAUGUUUUGUCAUUAAUUGAAAUACGUUUGAAAGGGAAUCUAAUUAAAAUAAGGGCUGCUGUGUUAUUAUACACUUAAGAGUUUUCCCCUUACAAUGUCUGAGAUGCAUUACAAAUAUACAUCUGGAAAGUUAUCAUUCAUUAAAAAUGUUAUGUUUGUCACAGUC